AUGAUCAAGUCAUUUAGAAGGAGUAAAAGAAGUUCUAAUUCGUCGCCUUCUCCUAAAAAGGCCAUAUCUAGAAUUGGAUCUACUAGUAGUAGUCGAGAUUUAGAUGAGUCUAAUGAUGCUGUACUCCAGUCUCCGAAGAAGGUUAUUAAAGCUUUGUAUGACUAUAUACCUCAAGGACCGGGGGAAUUACCUUUUAAACAGGGAGAUUUUUUCCAUGUAAUAAAUGAUGAUCAAGAACGUAUAGGACAAAGUGAAGAAUUGAAUGGUUGGUAUGAAGCCACCAAUCCAAUGACCAAUGCUAGAGGAAUGGUUCCAGUAUUAUAUUUUGAAGUUUUCAAUCGUUCAAGACCAAUUCAAACCCCUUCAGCUCCAACUCAUAUAAUAGAUACAAAUAAGAGUCCUAAUUCUUCUAAUCACCAAAGAAAUUCUUUACAGACUUUAUACGCGGUCACCUUAUAUGAAUUUAAAGCAGAACGGGAUGAUGAAUUAGAUAUCAUGCCUGGUGAAAAUUUAAUAAUUUGUGCUCAUCAUGAUUUCGAAUGGUUUAUUGCUAAACCAAUUAAUCGUUUAGGUGGGCCUGGCUUGGUUCCGGCUUCUUAUGUUAAAAUUAUCGAUUUAGUAAAUCCAAAUAAUGCUCAUACAAUGGAUGAAGAUAUUAUAAAAGUUAUUAAUAAAUUAAAAAUUCCAACUGUUGAACAAUGGAAAGACCAAACUGCUAGAUAUCAAGCUUCCACUAUACCUUUAGGUUCAAUCUCAAAUAAUGGUCCAGCAGUCACUUCUUCCAAUACUCAAUACUUUCAAAAAGAUCCUCAAUCUGAUGGUAAUAGUUAUAGAUCUUCUUUGAGUCUUACAAAUACUAGAAUUUUAGAAGUUUGUGUUGAUUCUUAUCUUUUAGAUCAUGGUCGUUAUCAAUAUCAUGUUAUCGCUAGAUUAGAUAAUGGUAAAAUCCGUUAUUUAUAUCGUUAUUAUCAACAUUUUUAUGAUGUUCAAGUUAAAUUAUUAGAAUUAUUUCCUUAUGAAGCAGGUAAAAUUGAAAAUUCAAAAAGAAUCAUUCCUUCAAUUCCAGGUCCUCUAAUUCAUGUUAAUGAAAAUAUAUCUAAAAUGAGAAGAGAAAAAUUAGACUAUUAUUUACAAAAUUUAGUUGCCUUACCUCCUCACAUUUCAAGAUCAGAAACUGUCUUACAAUUAUUUGAAGUUUUAGAUAAUGGUUAUGAUAAAGAAAUUAUUGAAAGUCCUAAAAAUCGCACUUCCAAACCAAUUAGUCAAAAAUCGAAUUAUCAACAAGAUAGACUUUCUCAAUAUUCGGGUAUUUUACAAAAUUCAAAUAAUAGAAGUUCUUCUACUCCAAAUUCUUCCGAUUCUGCUUUGAAUAGAAUUUCUUCGUCUUCUUCAAAUAAUAAUAAUAUCAAUAGUAUAAAUGCUGCCGGUGGUCUUGCAGCUCCAGUUACCACUUCUCCUGCUAAUCCCCAUCCUUCUGCUCCUCCUCCUCCAACUGAAAAUAAACAACCAAAGGUUAAAGUUAAAUUCUAUUAUGAAGACGAUAUUUUUGUGUUAUUAUUACCAACCAAUUUACGUCUACAAGAUUUAAAAUCUAAAUUGGCUAAAAGGCUUGAUUUACCAAAUAAUGAAGGUUCUCCGUAUGGUGGCUCGGGAGAAGAUAACACUACUGAAGACUAUGUGAUGGUUGAAAAUGGACGGAAAUCUUUUAAAAAUGUUCAAUUGUUCUUGAAAAAUGAUUACGAUGACUUUGUCGAAGAAAAUGGCCUUGAAAAUACCGAUUCUUUCAAUGAUAUUCAUAAAGAAAAAUUGAGAGAAUUCGAAAUCUUCAAUGAUGAGAGAUUUCAUGAAAGUUUAUAUGAUAAAUGUAAAAUCGUCAUUCUUGCACAAAACUAA